AUGUUCGUCGUUCGCCUUCACAAUGCCGGACAACGAGUUUGCUUCACGCCGUUCUUCGCUCACCACGCGUCCAAGCUGCUCGCCUACUCGCCCAGCUACGCAGACAACUUCCGUCUCGCUGCGCCAACUGCAAGCCUUCUCUGCCAUGUUCGACAAUGCCGUGGUUGCUACUGCUGCUCACCACGGUACUCCAAGAUUCGUGAGGCGACACUCAAGCUGGCGCAAGGACAGCUGCAUGCCGAGCAACUUCGCUGCUUCUCGCCUCUACCUUUUGGCGACACCGGAUCAUCAGUUGCACUC